UCCGCCUCGCUGGGCUGGAACGAAGGAGCCUCCACUCCACUCUAGCAAACCAACGUGACCCUUGUUGGAUUGGCUGGGGAGGCGAACAUCGACCCCCGCCCCGGCCCAGCCAGGAGUUCCAGGCGGGCCCACAGGUGAUGGGAGGUCAGGCGGGGCUUGCCGCGAGCGAGAAGCGCCCUGUCUAAUUCUAGAGCCAGCCAGACGCUGCUGUAUUUGCAUUUCCGAGGGAGGCGGCGGCGGCGGCGGCGGCUGCUCCUCAGGUCUCCCCUCCGAAACCGAGCCACUGCAGCCCAGCUCAGCCUGUUUAAGAGGGAGGCGAGCGACAACUUUCGACUCUCUAAGGCAGGCGGCAGCGUUCAAGCCAUUGAGGCAGUCCGGCUGGCUGCGCAGCUGAGUCAGAGAAGGGGCUGGCAGAGCAGCCGGUGCGAGAGACUGGCAGAUAAACUGACAGGUCCAUACGUGCUGCUGUUCAAGAAACUCUGGGAGAUCUCGGGGAGAUCGCAUUAUUUUCAUUUACUGACUCCAGAAUUGUGCAUUAUCCAGAUUGACCAGUGAAAUUAGAGUGGAUUUUUAAAAAAAUGAAGCUUCUGUUCUUCAUUGUCUUCAUCCACCUGUUACUUCAAAGCAAAGGAAACCCAUUAAGCAGAGAUGAUGACGGCCACCAAAGAACAUUUGAAGAUAUAAAGAAGGAAAUUGCAGGCUAUUCCAAAAUUGCCAAGAAGAUUAUUGACCUUGCUGUUUAUGGCAAGGCCCAGAACAGAUCCUAUGAAAGGCUUUCACUUUUCGUGGACACUGUUGGACCAAGGCUCAGUGGCACCCAAAAUCUAGAGUUGGCCAUUCAGUACAUGCAUAUGGCCUUGAGGAAAGAUGGGCUGGAAAAUGUCCACUUGGAGCCCGUAAAAAUCCCCCACUGGGAAAGAGGAGAAGAGUCAGCAGUUAUGGUGGAACCAUACAAUCAUAGUAUGGCUAUUUUGGGGCUUGGGAGCAGUAUUGCAACUCCUCCUGAAGGCAUUACGGCCGAGGUCCUAGUGGUGACCUCCUUUGAUGAACUACACAAAAGAGCUAAGGAAGCCCAUGGGAAGAUCAUUGUUUACAACCAGCGUUACGUCAGUUAUGGAGAAACAGUGGAGUACAGAACUCAUGGAGCAGUAGAAGCUGCUAAAGUGGGCGCAAAAGCAUCUCUUAUCAAGUCUAUUACUCCAUUUUCUAUUAAUAGCCCACAUACUGGGAUACAAGAGUACAAACCUGAUUUACCCAAGAUUCCCACUGCCUGCAUUUCAGUGGAAGAUGCUGAACUGAUGGCACGAAUAUCUUCCCGGGGCACCAAGAUUGUUGUGACUCUGAAAAUGGGAGCCAAAACCUAUCCUGAUGCAGAUUCCUUUAACACGGUUGCUGAAAUUGUUGGGAGCAAAUAUCCUGAGCAGGUUGUACUUGUCAGUGGACAUCUGGACAGCUGGGAUGUGGGGCAGGGAGCCAUGGAUGACGGUGGUGGUGCAUUCAUAUCAUGGGAAGCAUUAUCUCUCAUAAAGGAUCUUGGGCUCCGUCCCAAGAGAACUCUGCGAUUAGUGCUUUGGUCGGCAGAGGAACAAGGUGGAGUAGGGGCUGAGCAAUACUAUAAACUGCAUAAGGUUAACAUCUCUAAUUUUGACAUGGUUAUGGAGUCUGAUGAAGGAACCUUCAUGCCUAAGGGACUAGCUUUCACAGGCAGUGAUGAGGCUCGAAAGGUCAUGAAAGAGAUCAUGAAACUGCUGAAGCCAAUCAACAUUACCGAAGUCUUUGAAGAUGGUGAAGGAGAAGACAUUAAUUACUGGAUCAAAAAUGGAGUACCAGGUGCCAGCUUGAGUGAUGAUAUUACAAAAUACUUCUGGUUUCAUCAUUCCCAAGGGGACACAAUGACAGUUCAGGAUCCAAGGGAGAUGAACCUCUGUGCUGCCCUUUGGACGGUCGUGUCCUAUGUCAUUGCUGACAUGGAGGAGAAGGUGUCAAUGAAAGUUUACUUCAUCUCUGCUGCUAGUCUUCCAGACUUCAUCAGAAUGCUGCUAAAUCUGUUUGACAUGAUGGAUUAAAUAAGACAUCAGUACUUGACAAACUUUGCAAAGGGAGCUUCAAAUACACAGCAACAUGCUCACCCCUGGAUAUUACAACCUGAGCACUGUUUAUUGACACCUAAGGGAAGAAUCCUUUCCAUAAACAGGAAUAAAGUUUUGAAUCUAUCACUGCUGUUUUCUCAACCAAACCUUUCAAAGAGUUUUCUUAGACUGCAUUUAGAAGACUAUUCACCAUGUGAAAGCACUGGCUGAUAUACAGAGUAUGAAAACACCAGUACAGCAAGAGCAGCAGGUUAAUAGCACUUUCCAUCUAAUUGCACUGGUGCACCAGGUAAUUUUUGACUACCUUCUCUUCCCCAGGAAGCCCCCUGUGCUGCUUGAAAAUAUGUCCCUGAGGUAUGUGCAGCUCUUAGGGACAUAUGUUCAGGUGGCACAGAGGGCUUCCUGGGGAAGCAAACAUAGUAUAAAAUCACCCCUUUCCCAGUGCCCCAGCUGGGAAGAAAUGUUAGCCACUCCUCUUGCUGCACUGAUGGUUCCAUACUCUGUAUGUCAGCCAUGUUGUAGGAUGCAAGAACCACAUGUGGAGCCAGAUGUCUGCAGAUCCUGGUUUAAUCUCUUGUACAUUAUGCAUGUAUAAUGAAUGUGUAAUCUCACACACACAAAAAUGCAUGCAGCAUAUCUGCACAGCAAUAUGUAUGGAAAUGCACUCCACAGUCCAUACCAUGUAGUCAGAAGGGGCUGUAAUAGACACCCAGGUGCACACCCAGAGAUGGUGCAAACACUGUAGCACCUGAGACAGAAAAAUCAAAUAGCAUCAACAUGGUGGUAAAAAUCUGCUGUAGUGGGCAGCCAGCACUGAUAGAGUUAAAGGGGAGGAGCAGUUGACCUUGAUUGACAGACUGGAGACCUUAGGUCAUGACCCAAUUAGUUGUUAACCAGGUGGGUGGGACUAGAGGGCUCCAGAAGGGCUUCUGGAAGAAGAAGGGAUGCCCAGGUGAGGAAGGAGCAAUGGACUCUUGCCAAGUCGUCGCAGGGUGAGUUCUGCAAGUUCCUGGUCCAGGGAUUGCAGGGAGUUGGUCUCACCUAGUUUCUGGUGAGGUCCAAGGGAAGGGAGCCAAGGCUUAUGGCUUCAGAAGGUUAGACUUAGGUGAAAGUGUUUUUAGUAAGACUUGCAUUAGAAGAUAUUUUCUUGUGUGUGUAUUGCUUUGUAUUCCCAAGAAUCUGCUUUUGCAAUUACCUAUCUUCAACUUCAGUUUAGUAAUGAUCAAGUUAAGCAUCACCUGAGAGCAUCUGGGUGUUUUGAAUAAUCUUGUAACCACUAAGCUAAUAUUUGCAACAGCUACAUGUGAAAUCCUGAACUGGCUUAUUCUUUUUUAUAUAUAAUAAAGCAAUAAUUGCUUGCUUUGU